AUGGCACGUCCGCGGCGCUCGACCCGCGCGCGCCGCGCGCGCACGGCGUCGUCCUCGGAGAUGUCUUCGGAAGAGUCUGACACCUUUCAUGUGGAAGAGCGGCCCCGCCGGCGCGCGCGCACGUCGCGCGCGCCGCGGGACGCCACGCCGCGGGACGACGUGUCGGAGGACGCUGACGGCGCGGACGGCGGCGAUGUCGUCGAGAUUGACGGGCACGAGUACCGCGUGGAGGACGACUCGCUCGUGCUCGGCACGGACGAUGCAGGCGAAAAGAAGAUCGACGCGCAAGGCCGCCUGCUCGGCGGCCGCAGCUACCGCGUCGCGACGCUCUCGUCGCCGGAUCGCUCUGACCCCGAGCGCCUGUACAUGCUCUCUAUCGACAUUGCGCGCGUGCUCGGCUACCGCGACUCGGCGUACUUCUUCCGCAAGAACCCCCUCUUUUACAAGGUCUUUCUCACGCAGGACGAGAAGGACACGCUCGUGGCAGACGGCCGCCUGAACAGCUCGCUGCGCACGCGCAACGUCACGAUGGUCACUGCGCGCGCCGUGUUUAUGCAGAUGGGCGCGCGCGUCGUUGCGCGCGGCCGCAUGGUCACGGACGACUACUACGAGGCCCAGGCGCGCGCGGAAGGCAAGAAGGAGGGCGCGCCUGUCGCCAUGCCCUCGCUCGAUGACAUCCUGCGCGCCGAGCGCCGCCGCGAGAGCGACCGCGACCGCGAGCGGGGGCGCCGGCGCCCCGACGCCUCGACAUACACGACGGUUGAUGCGCAGGGCGAGACGAUCGUGACCACGUUCGGCGACGCGGGCCACGCGCCGUUUGAGCGCGCCGAGGCCAGCGCGCCGCGCCGCGCGCUCCUGCAGCGGGCCGACCUGUCCGAGGACAACUGGAUGGCCGAGUACGCGCGCAGCGUGCGCAGCAUGAACGCGGAGCUCCUCGCGGCGCGGCGCGAGCAGAUGGUCGCCUUCUCCCGCACGCCCAAGCGCGUCACGGUGCCGGACCAUGCGCGUGCGAUGCGUGCGGACGACGAGGACCAUCUCUUUUGCGAUACACGCCCGCCCUGGGAGCGCGCAGCGGACACCGAGCCCGGCGUGCUCGCCGCGCGGCAGCGCGCCGCACGGGCCGCCGAGCGCCGAGCGCGCCGCGCCACACAGCCGCCCGUGGGCCUGUACGAUCCUCACACCCACGCGCCGAUGGUCGACACGGCCAUGCAGCCGCGCGCCGCGCACUUUGCCAAGGUGUCCGACACGCCGCUCCAUCUGCCGCCCACCGCGCGCCUCGCGGGCCUGUGCACCAUCGAUACCUCGCUGUGCUUUGCGCCUACCUAA